AUGACAACUUAGAUAAAAAAACUAUCAAAAUUAGAUCAUACAGUACCAAUUUAUUCUCCUCGUUCAACUUAUAAAUAGAUUUUACAUAUUGAUGAAACAUUAUUGGCUGAUCUUACUCUUAAUUUUGAUCCAUUCACUAUUAAUGUUUUAAGAACAGAAUUUUUAAUGCGACAUGGAUCUAUGGAGGUGACAGAAUUCAUUUUAGUUGUCAAGGAACAUUUAUUAAGUUGGCAAUUAGAAAUCUCAAAUAGAGAUAUUAAGUUAAUUAGGUAUUUGAUAUUAUAAUAAGAUAACUUGUUAAUCUUUUUGAAGAGAUUGAUUUAAAUGGUAAUGGGAAUUUAGAAUGGGAAGAAUUCACAAACUACAUUAUUGAAAAAGCAACAGUGUUAAAUAAUAUUAAGUCUAAAUAAGAUGAAAUCAAACUAUACACAAAAUCUAAUAUGAAACCAUUCAAAAAAUUCACAUAAAUCAUUACUAGGGUAAUUUACAUAAAGGAAAUAGAUAAAAUAGCAUUUUUUGAGGAAGGAAGUGAUGAAAUUUAAUUUAUGACUCCUGAUGGUGGAUUUGGCUUAAAGCCAUUAAAAAUUGUACCUAUUAGUGACAAAGUUGUGACAACACAAGCAAAAAAAGAUAAAGAUAAACAAAAUGUAUAUAAACUUAAUUCAGAACUAGUUUGUUAUUGUUAAAAAAGAAGACACAAUAGAAAAAAAAACAAAAAUUUUGACAAUGCUCUACAUUGAUGACCCUAAGUAUCAAGUAUUAUUGACUUCAACCCAUGAUGGCUAUGUAAGGGGGUGGAGAUAUUAAUCCUCAGGAUUUGUUUUAGCCAAUUAACCUGAUAAUGAUGAAGAAAUGAUAGAACAUCAUUUUAAUAAUGACAUAUAUAGUAUGACUUGGGAUGGGAUAAAUGAAAUUUUGUAUUGUGGUUAAAAAGAAGGCUAAAUUAAUAUAUGGAAUUUGAAAAAUGAUACAGAAAUUCAAUUUGAAGAUAUAAGUCAUACUGAUGUUGUUAUGGAUAUGAUCGCGAUGCCAAAAUUACAGUUUAUGGCAUCAGCUAGUCUAGACCAUAAUUUAAUUUUGUGGAAUACUUUAUCUAAAAAACGAGAGCGUACAUAUAAGGAACAUACAAGAGGCAUAGUGUCUUUAGCAUUUAAUGAGAGUUUAAUAUUAUUAUUUUCUGCUGGAUUUGACCAUAAUUUAUGUGUUUGGAAUCCAUAUAUUGAAAGUUUGAUUUUCAAAAUACAAGGUCAUAGUAGUCCAGUUAUUGGAGUUGUAGUUAUUGAAGGUACAUCAUAAAUAGUUUCUUUGGAUUAAGAAGGUAGUGUAAAGGUUUGGGAUACAAAGAAAUUUAAUUGUGUUUAAUAAUUUAGUGUUGAAACAUAAGAUGAAAAACAUAAGUUUAAUCCUUCGAGUUUAUGCUAUAUACCUAAACCUUUAAAGCUAAUCUUUGGUGGUAGAUCAAUUUAUUCUUAUGAAUAUGAUAAGAAUUAUAAUCCUAAUUCAGUAGAUGAUUAUGUUGCAGUAUGUUGUAAAUUUAUAGAAAAUUAAAUGGCAUUUUUUACACCAGCAGGAACUAAAAUAAAAAUAUGGAAUGCUUUAACUGGAGAUGUUAAAAAAAUAUAUAGUGAUAUUACAACUACUGAAAUUACAGCAUUUAAAUUAGAUAAUUUAGAUAAAAGAUUUAUUAUUGGAGAUAGUAGUGGAACUGUUGCAUUAUUUAAUGUAAUUAAUGGAGCAAAAAUCAAGAAUCUACCAAAACAUUCAGGUGAAGUUGUUGCUAUUGUUCAUGCAUCUGAUAUUGGAUCAUUCUUUACUGGAUCUAUGGAUAAUAAUGUAUUUAUGACUUUAGAUAAUGAAUUUGGAGAAAGUGAAUUAUUACGUACAUUUAUAAUAUAAGAUGGAUAAUUAACAUACUUAAGUUAUGAUCCUGCAAUGAAACAUUUAUUAGCAGGAACUAAUUCUGGUUAAAUUAGAUUUUAUGAAACUGAUACAAAUAAAUUGCAUGGAGUUGCUAAUGAAUUUAAAUAAGGAGAAGAAAUUACAUCUAUCAAUUUAAUCAAAGGAAUUCCAUUUAUGUUUGUUACCAAUAGUUAGGGUAGAAUCUCAAUUAUGUCAAUGCCUCCUGUAUUACAUAGAUUUGUCAAAGUUUAUACUUUCACUAAUAUAGAUCCUGAAAUUCCUAGUUAAUUAUUAGGAAUCUCUAAUGCAGUAUUCAGUUAAGAUAAAAAAGUACUCUAUCUNUACUGAUGAAACAUUAUUGGCUGAUCUUACUCUUAAUUUUGAUCCAUUCACUAUUAAUGUUUUAAGAACAGAAUUUUUAAUGCGACAUGGAUCUAUGGAGGUGACAGAAUUCAUUUUAGUUGUCAAGGAACAUUUAUUAAGUUGGCAAUUAGAAAUCUCAAAUAGAGAUAUUAAGUUAAUUAGGUAUUUGAUAUUAUAAUAAGAUAACUUGUUAAUCUUUUUGAAGAGAUUGAUUUAAAUGGUAAUGGGAAUUUAGAAUGGGAAGAAUUCACAAACUACAUUAUUGAAAAAGCAACAGUGUUAAAUAAUAUUAAGUCUAAAUAAGAUGAAAUCAAACUAUACACAAAAUCUAAUAUGAAACCAUUCAAAAAAUUCACAUAAAUCAUUACUAGGGUAAUUUACAUAAAGGAAAUAGAUAAAAUAGCAUUUUUUGAGGAAGGAAGUGAUGAAAUUUAAUUUAUGACUCCUGAUGGUGGAUUUGGCUUAAAGCCAUUAAAAAUUGUACCUAUUAGUGACAAAGUUGUGACAACACAAGCAAAAAAAGAUAAAGAUAAACAAAAUGUAUAUAAACUUAAUUCAGAACUAGUUUGUUAUUGUUAAAAAAGAAGACACAAUAGAAAAAAAAACAAAAAUUUUGACAAUGCUCUACAUUGAUGACCCUAAGUAUCAAGUAUUAUUGACUUCAACCCAUGAUGGCUAUGUAAGGGGGUGGAGAUAUUAAUCCUCAGGAUUUGUUUUAGCCAAUUAACCUGAUAAUGAUGAAGAAAUGAUAGAACAUCAUUUUAAUAAUGACAUAUAUAGUAUGACUUGGGAUGGGAUAAAUGAAAUUUUGUAUUGUGGUUAAAAAGAAGGCUAAAUUAAUAUAUGGAAUUUGAAAACUGAUACAGAAACUUAAUUGUAAAGUGAAGGUGGUCAUACUGAUGUAGUAAUGGAUAUGAUUGCUAUGCCAAAAUUACAAUUUAUGGCAUCAGCUAGUUUGGAUGGUAACUUAAUUUUGUGGAAUACUCUCUAUAAUAAAAGAGAGCGUACAUAUAAGGAACAUACAAGAGGCAUAGUCUCAUUAGCAUUUAAUGAAAGUUUAAUAUUAUUAUUUUCUGCUGGAUUUGACCAUAAUUUAUGUGUUUGGAAUCCAUAUAUUGAAAGUUUGAUUUUCAAAAUACAAGGUCAUAGUAGUCCAGUUAUUGGAGUUGUAGUUAUUGAAGGUACAUCAUAAAUAGUUUCUUUGGAUUAAGAAGGUAGUGUAAAGGUUUGGGAUACAAAGAAAUUUAAUUGUGUUUAAUAAUUUAGUGUUGAAACAUAAGAUGAAAAACAUAAGUUUAAUCCUUCAAGUUUAUGCUAUAUACCUAAACCUUUAAAGCUAAUCUUUGGUGGUAGAUCAAUUUAUUCUUAUGAAUAUGAUAAGAAUUAUAAUCCUAAUUCAGUAGAUGAUUAUGUUGCAGUAUGUUGUAAAUUUAUAGAAAAUUAAAUGGCAUUUUUUACACCAGCAGGAACUAAAAUAAAAAUAUGGAAUGCUUUAACUGGAGAUGUUAAAAAAAUAUAUAGUGAUAUUACAACUACUGAAAUUACAGCAUUUAAAUUAGAUAAUUUAGAUAAAAGAUUUAUUAUUGGAGAUAGUAGUGGAACUGUUGCAUUAUUUAAUGUAAUUAAUGGAGCAAAAAUCAAGAAUCUACCAAAACAUUCAGGUGAAGUUGUUGCUAUUGUUCAUGCAUCUGAUAUUGGAUCAUUCUUUACUGGAUCUAUGGAUAAUAAUGUAUUUAUGACUUUAGAUAAUGAAUUUGGAGAAAGUGAAUUAUUACGUACAUUUAUAAUAUAAGAUGGAUAAUUAACAUACUUAAGUUAUGAUCCUGCAAUGAAACAUUUAUUAGCAGGAACUAAUUCUGGUUAAAUUAGAUUUUAUGAAACUGAUACAAAUAAAUUGCAUGGAGUUGCUAAUGAAUUUAAAUAAGGAGAAGAAAUUACAUCUAUCAAUUUAAUCAAAGGAAUUCCAUUUAUGUUUGUUACCAAUAGUUAGGGUAGAAUCUCAAUUAUGUCAAUGCCUCCUGUAUUACAUAGAUUUGUCAAAGUUUAUACUUUCACUAAUAUAGAUCCUGAAAUUCCUAGUUAAUUAUUAGGAAUCUCUAAUGCAGUAUUCAGUUAAGAUAAAAAAGUACUUUAUCUAAGUGAUGACAAAGGUUUCAUUAAAUGUUUUGAAGUUGAUUGGCUUGUAGACUUUUUGAUUAAUGUUGUCAUAGAUAAAGAUAAGGAGGAUGCGGCUACAAAAAGAAUGAAAGGAAUAAAAACUGGAUCGACUUAAAAUGCAAGAUAAAUGCUUGCAUUGCCUAAAGUGCCUUAAAAAGAAGUUAAAAUGAAAUGGAUUACUAGAGCUCAUUAUGAAGUUAUUAAAUCUUUAGAAUAUGUAGAAAAAGAAAAUUUUCUCAUUACUACUGCUUUUGAUAAGAAAGUGAAACUCUGGGAUGCAGAAACUGGUAAAUUUAUAGAUUCAUUUCAAUAAAAUUAUGAUAGGAAAGAACCAAGACCUAUUGCUCUAAAAAGAAGUGGAACAGAUGAAAUUUAUAAUGCUGAUUUAAAUGAGAGAGUAGAUCUCAAAUAUACUUAAUUAAUACAAUAACAAUAAUAAGAAGAAUAAGGUGGUUAAGUUCAAUAAAUUUAAGUUUUAGAAGAAAAGAUUUCAGAUCCUCUUGGGCUAACUAAAUCUCCUCAAGAAGAAUUCAAUCCAUUUUAUUACUUAGAAAAGAUAGAUCAAUCUAAAUUAUCAACUCUAAAAAGUAAUCCUGAAUGGAAAUUAGAAAUAAGAUUUAAAGAAUAUUAUGAAAAAUAUGAAUAAAAAAUUAAAACUUUAUUUGAAUAAGUUAAAAUUAAAGAAAAGGAAGUACAUGAAAAAUAAGUUAAAUAAGGAAUCCACAAUCGGCAUUUUAAAGUUCAAAACUACUCAACUGAUGAUGCUAAACAAUUUGAUUCCAAUCACAAACCAAUACUAAAAGAUGAUGACGGAAACAAUAAUCAUUCUCAUCAAUAAUAAGCUUCAGUGUAAUUUAAUUAAAAAUUGAAGCCUGAAUAAGUAUUAUAAAAACAUAAAGUUUAAUAAAAAGAUCAUCAUCAAAUUACAUAAGGAGGAAACCAAUAAAUAAAUUUUGAUAGUAUAACAAAUUAAGGUGAAAUUGUUAAAGAACUAAAAUAACAGCAGUAAGAUUUAUAAGAAAAUUUAAAACAUGGAAUCAAAGUAAGUAUUUCUACUCCUUAAAUUAAAUCUAUUUAAAUUCCUUCACUAGCAAAAGCUACGACAUAAAAAAGAAGUAAAAAAGUUGAUCCUUAACUAUUUGAGAAGUUGUACAGAUAAAACUUGAAAAGCAAGGUUCUCUUUAACUCAGAUCCUGAAGUUUUCUUAUCAGAAGUAAAUUAUUUAAUAUAUAAUAUAGGCUGAAUGUAAUGCUGCAUACAAAUUAGCUGCAGCAUUGGCAAAUUAUGAUAUCACAGAUGAACGGUCAUUAAAGUUUGCAGAAAUCAAAUGUAAAUCAAGGGUCAAAUUACCAAGAUUAUAAUGA